AUGUAGAGCACGUUAGAUAUAUUACAUAUCUGUUAGAUUAUGCAUGUGCAUUGUAUAAUGUAACAUCAUUCUUACUAAGACAAUCGUGUUUUAGAACACGAAAACGUUCUACUGACGUCAUUUUUUGCUUAUUGCAUAACCAGUUGGUAGCAUUUAGCGUGUUAUUUUUUUCUGCUUUGGUUAGCUGCAGUAUUUUUUAAAAAGCGGAUUGGAAGGAAAGUUGACUGGAAAUUUAGAUGUGAAUUUGAAAGUAAAAUCUAAAGUGAAUUGAAAUUUUGAACUGGUAAAUGGACUGCAAUGUGAUUUGGAUAAUAUAUGUGGAACGUCGAUUGGAAAGUGAAUUAGAAAAACGUUUUUCGAAAGUGGACCGCCAAGUGAAUUGAGAAAUAUCUUGGAAACUGUAUUAAAAGGUGUCUUGGAAAGUCAUUUAAAAACUGGACAGGAAUAGUGAGUUCGAAAAUCCUUUCAUUCCAGUAUGGAUUUCGUAGACACAAGCAAAGUUAAAAUUAACAAGAGAUGGAUGUACUUGAUGGUGUUUCUGAUUGUGGCUCUGCCUGUCAUUGUCGGGAUUCUGGUGUGGUAUUUCGUACACACAGCAAACUGCAACAGUGCCAAUAUUACAGACAAAAACACGGGUAACGAAAGCGCGAACUUUUCCCAAAAGGAACCUUGGAAAAAUCUCCGUCUUCCGCGGUACAUUGUGCCCCUUCACUACGAUCUCACCCUCUACCCGGAUUUCUACGGAAACAACGGCUGGUUCUAUGGCAACGAGACAAUAGAAAUAGACGUACGGAAAGACACGAAGUUUAUUCUCAUACACUACAAGUAUAUGAACAUCACUCGCACGAUACUGAACGUAAAUUCCACCAAUGCGGAGAUCGGUAUAAAGAGAACGUUCGGGUAUGAUCCUAACGAGUUUUGGGUGGUGGAGACCAAUGACGUCAUUAAGGGUGGAACCGUGGUGAAGCUGGAUCUACAGUUCGAUGCGUCAUUGACCAGGGCUAUUGUGGGUUUCUAUAAGAGCACCUACACAAACUCUCUCACAGGCCAAAAGAGAAACUUGGUGGCCUCUAAGUUUGAACCAGUGAACGCCAGGAAAGCGUUCCCGUGUUUCGAUGAGCCCAACCUGAAAGCCGAGUACACCAUCACCCUGAUACACGAUGCGUCUUACACACCUUUGUCGAACAUGCCGGUAUCGGCUAACCAGCCACAGAACUGGUUUCACAGUUUAAAGUCAACGACGUUCCAGAGAUCUGUGAAGAUGAGCACGUACCUCGUGUGUUUUAUUGUCUGUGACUUUCAAUACAAAGAAGAUAUCACUUCAUCAGGAAAACAGAUCCGCGUGUAUUCCACCCCAGACAAGCUGGAGCAGACGACCUACGCGCUGACGAUUCUCAAACACACCAUGGAGCAAUACGAGAAUCUCUUCCAGCUGGAAUACCCUCUCCCGAAACAAGACAUGAUAGCCAUUCCUGACUUUGUGUCCGGCGCCAUGGAGCACUGGGGGCUGAUCACGUACAGGGAGACCGCCGUUCUGUAUAACCCCAGGGAGGCGUCCGACAGUAACAAACAGAGGGUGGCCACCGUCAUCGCUCACGAAGUCGCACACCAGUGGUUUGGUAACAUCGUCACGAUGGACUGGUGGGAUGAUCUCUGGCUCAACGAGGGGUUCGCGUCAUUCAUGGAAUACGUCGGGGUCAACAGUUUUGAGCCGCAGUGGCAAAUGCUGGACCAGUUUCCAGUUGUGGAUCAGCAGCCAGUGAUGAUAACAGACGCCGGGGUUCAGUCGCAUCCCAUUGUAGUACCAGUCUACAAACCUACGGAAAUUAACGAAGUCUUCGACUCCAUCUCAUACAGCAAGGGUGCAUCUGUGAUUUUAAUGCUGGAAUCGAUCAUGGGGAAGGACAAGUUCUUCGAAGGAAUAUCGAAAUAUCUAAAAAGGUUCCAGUGGGGUAAUGCUAAAACUGACGACCUGUGGAAUGCACUUAGUGAGGUACCAGGAGCCCCGGAUGUCAAACACAUAAUGGAUACGUGGACCCGACAGAUGGGCUUCCCUUUCGUUGAUAUUUCCUUUACGUCUCUCGGAAGUGGACGGACUUCCGUUUCCGCCAGGCAAAAGCGCUACCUGGCGGAUCCCUCUGCUACUUUCAAUACAAGUGAUUCUGAAUUUGGCUACAAAUGGUAUAUUUCUCUAGACUACCUUUCAUCAGUAGGCUCGAAUGGAAAACAAAUUCUAGACACAAGUGACGCGACAUUUGAAAUCAACUUUGACAUGAACGACGCUCGCAAGUGGAUCAAGUUUAACAUAAACCAAACCGGGUUCUACAGAGUUCUCUACCCUGAUGCAAUAUGGCAGAGAUUUUCUACUAUACUCAAAACAACUGAUCCAGAUCUCUGGAUCCUCUCUCCCAGUGACCGGUCUGGCUUGAUUGACGAUGCAUUCAACUUGGCACGUGGCGGUAUCAUGGGAUAUGACAUAGCUCUCGAGAUGACAUCUUACUUGGAUAGAGAAAAUAAUCACAUACCGUGGAAGAGUGGAUACAGGGGAAUGCAGUACAUCAGCACAAUGUUUGAGAUAGGAGGCGACUUUGGACAUUGGAGGAAACACGUUCUGAACAAAGUGAAGCCUGCCCUGGACAGAAUAGGCUGGGGAGAUACCGGCACACACCUUCAGAAAUUAAUGAGAUCCAAUUUGAUCAGUCUUGCGUGUGGUCACGGUGACGUUCAGUGCAUGACGAACGCGUCUAUGCAGUUCAGAAGCUGGCUCGAUAAUGGAGCAGAAAUUCCUCCGAAUCUGCGGCUACAGGUUCUACCAAAUAUGAUGUUUGUCUUUCAAACGUAUCUGAUGUACGUGGAGGACGAAUCUAAGGUCCGUAGUCAGGACAUCUGGACGGUAAUCCGCUACAUCAGUGGAAAUCCGGCCGGCCAGAACCUCGUGUGGAACUGGGUCAGAGAGAACUGGACAAAACUCGUCCGCAGGUUCACGUUGUUUUCGCGAGGCCUUGGUCGCAUGGUUACAGGAAUCGUCUCUUCAUUUAACUCUGAAAUCAAACUACAGGAGGUAGAAGAAUUCUUUAAAAAAUAUCCGGAUGCAGGAUCUGGCGCCAGGGGGCGCUUACAAGCAAUAGAGAGCAUCAAGCGGAACAUUAAUUGGAUGAAGACCAACGAACAGACGAUAACUGAUUGGCUAAUUAAAAAUACUUAGCUCCUGUAAUAAUAUUAUCGUGAUUAUAAUGUGUACGUAAACAUACAUGUAUUUAUAUAUUUAUAUAUAUUUGCAUAUACAUGUACACGCAAACACACACACACACACACACAAAAACACACACACACACACACACACAGAGAGAGAGAGAGACACACACACA